GAUUCAAACUUUAAUUUAGUGUAAUUUUGUUUUUUGUUUUUAUAAUGGCUACAAUAUUACAUUCCAGUCUUUCAAAAGAUUUAUCUUUAAUAUUAAAUGAUGCAGAUGAUUUUAACGUAAUUAUUCAAGUUGGUGAAGAUAAUAAUAUAAAAGAAUUUAGAGCACAUUCGGUAAUUUUACGUGCUCGUUCUUCAUACUUUAAAAGUGCACUCUCGAAUGGAUGGGUGACAAAAAAGGAUGAUAUGUACAUGUAUAAUAAACCAAAUAUUGCUCCAACAGUAUUUGGUAUAGUUUUAAAAUACAUUUACACGGGUGAACUUGACUUGGAAGAGCAUAAAGGUAAUGAUAUUCUUGAACUUCUAGUUGCAUCUGAUGAAUUACUUCUAGAAGAAUUAUUUGAACAUGUUCAAGAAUAUUUAUUUAAGAAACGAGCAACCUGGAUUCAGAAAAAUAUUUCUCUCGUUCUUAAUACUGUGUUUAAACGUAUGUGCAUCAGUAAACUACAAGAGUGUUGCCUUAAGUCUAUUUGUGCAAAUCCACAACCAUUUAUUACUUCAGAAAGCUUUCUCUCAUUAGAUAAAGAUAUCCUCUAUAUUUUACUUAAAAGAGAAGACAUGCAAAUCGAUGAAAUUAUUAUUUGGGAAUGUUUAAUUAAAUGGGGUAUUGAACAAACUCCUAGUUUGGGAAGUAUGAAUAACGAUAGAACUAAAUGGAAAAAAGAAAAUUAUGAGGCAUUAAAGAAAACUUUAGAUAAAUUUGUUCCUCUUAUUCGAUUCGUGGAAAUUUCUCCUACUGAUUGUUAUGAUAAAGUUCGACCUUAUAAAACUAUUAUUCCAAAUCAUAUUUAUGAUCAAAUUGAAGAAUUUUGUUUCAAAGGUACUUUACAAAAAGCAACAAUUUUACCUCCAAGAGUUGGAAAGAUUCAAUUUGAAUCGAAAAUUAUUAGAAAAAAACUUAUUUAUACAAUCAUUAAUUGGAUCAAUAAAAAAGAUGUAAAGAAUGUCCUUAAUAAAAAAGAUUCAUUAUAUAAGUUUGAACUUAUUUAUCAAGGUAGUAAAGAUGGAAUCUAUAAUCAUUCAUUUAAAAAGAAAUGUAGUGCGGAGGAACCAAUUUUGGUUUUAAUUAAAAGUCAAAAUUCACGAAAAAUAUUUGGUGGUUACACACCGAUUGGGUUUAAUCGUGUUUUGCCAAGAAGUAUUUAUACAAAUAGUUGUUAUAUGUCUACAACAGAUAGUUUUAUUUUUUCUUUUGAAAAAAAUGAUGAUAAUCAAAAUAUUCAAAAUAUGAAAAUAAGUCGUGUAAAAUCACCUAGUUAUGCUAUUUAUAAUAAUUAUUAUGGUAAUUGUGGAUUUAAAUUUGGAGAUGGCUGUUUAUAUAUGCAAGAUAGUAUUUUGUAUGUUAAUAAUGUUAAUACUAGACAAGAUUCUUAUUAUGAACAAAAAUUAAAAUGCACUGGUACCUAUACUAUCGAUGAGAUAGAAGCUUUUAGGGUAUCAAUUUUAAUUCCCGAUGGCGUGUUCCCUAGCGUAGAUCCCGAAGUAUGUGAAGCAGUAUUUGAAGCCAAUCAAGCAAAUUUAGAACAAAGUAUAAAUGCUCUUUUGAGUAUGUCUCAGCAGGUUUUCGCCAAAUUUCAUAAACCGCCGCAAUGUGCAACAAUUUGA